GAAGAGAGUCAAAUAGCCUGUUGAAUGUUUGUGUAAUGCGCUCAGCCUGACUGUAUGGAAAGCGAACUGAAGUCUGGUCACUCCGUUGAGUCUCGACGAAGGCGGCGCUCUCCUCAACACUUUACUGAGGGGAGAACGCGAAAUGUGGACACUGGUGAACGGACAGACGGUGACUAUAGAUGAUGGAGCGACAUUUACCUUAUCUGCCUUUAGAAAGUCAGUUCUUUUAACCCUUCAGUGUCCUCUUCUGGAGAGGAAGAGCUGUCAUGGGAGACGCGCGGCACUUCGCACGCGUCUGGAUUGAUGGAGAACCGCGAAACUUCGCAGCGGGUGAAGAACAUCACGAACAUGCGUGUCCAGCGCGGUAGAACGAUGGAACGCUGACGCGAUACAUUGUAACAAAGACUCCCAUUAGGGACCAUUACAGACCAGCCUAUGCCAUGAGGACUCAGAAGUCCCGCGGCCGGACGUCAGCCAUACCUUCCCGCCAGCGCUUGCCACGUUUCAGUCUUCACUCCAGGAGAAAGAAAGAAGGUGUAAUCCAGGGAAAGCUGCGUAUCCGUUCCAUGCCGGGUGCCUUUCUGGUGCUUGGGGUAGUGGUUGUUGUUGUUGGCACCGCGCUUGCCGUGGCAGGCUACUGGCCAUACAGGGCCCAUCGAUCAUCAGUGGACACGACAGAGGAAGGAUCCCCUGGAAGCGCAUCAGGAUGGGGAUUAGGGUCCAAAGGACUGUUUUCCGCAGCAAGUCUGGUUCAUAGCGAAAGGAUGAAACUACUAGGACCUGUCAUUAUGGGAGUGGGACUCUUCAUACUUAUUUGUGCCAAUACGGUUCUCUAUGAGAAUCGGGAUAGGGAAACUCAAAUGCUUCUGGCGCAGAUGCGGAGCGUCAUUUGCUCUGUUUCUGCAGCCAUGCCCUCGGCAGACCUCUUGCAGGUGAACUCUCUUGCUAGCCACUACCAAUGGGUCAGCAGUUUACCUGCAGCCCACCUGAACAUCCUCUGCCUGCAGGAAAUGUCCAGUUCGGAGCCUCUACUCCAAGUGAAGAGCAUGGAUGAGGAGGACAGCGUUCAGCAGCAAGACACGAUGCACACUGAGGUCCUUCAUCAUCAGGACUCCUCCUCCACGCCAUCGAUUCACUCCUCCAACUCUUGCAACAACAGCAAGGAGGUUUUUUGCACUGAGGAACGGGGGACCAACUCUGCACUGGAUCUGCGGCGAGAGAGUCACUUUGGACUGAGCAACUGUAUGACAGCAUCCUCGAUGUCCACACUGGGUGGGGAGGACUUGGAGAUCUUCUCCAUCCCACCCAGACGCUCCUACAGCAUGGGCCACAGAACUAAACCUCAAAUACUGCCCAGGGAUCUGGUGCAUCCAGAGGACAAGUCCGUGUCUUUGACGGGUCACCAUAGACUGCUUCCAAGACAGUCCAGCUCAGAGGUGUGCUUGAACAUGGUUGGCAUUACAAGCUUUGACCUUAUACCUGUGGAAGAGCAGAGGCACCGCAGCUGGCCUCGGCUGGACCUCGGAAGCGCCAGAAAGUAUCUCAAGCUGGAGAACAAGGAGGACUCUGUGGACAAGUUACUGGACCAGCUUGAGCAGCAGUGCUUGCAGUUGAACAAAAGCUACGGCUCAGGUCCCUUCCAGUGAGCCGAGGUUUAAUCAUUACAUCAAGGUUAAUGGCUUGGCAGAUCAGAAGGAGCCUUAUAUAGUGGUAUACACUUGGAAUAACCCAACCAACAAAUGGGUGCAAGUUUCCAGUGGAUAUUCUUUGCACAGUUUCUGGAAUCCCUUGAGGCCAACUAAUUUGCUCAUUUCCAAGACCUAGCCAUUUAUCUCACCUGACUAGUUUUGGUAACUAGCUUGUUCGGAGAUUUGCGGAGUAUGGAAUUGUAUCACCUGCUGCCCUUGACGUUACGGAGAUAUAAACCCACGCCCUGAAGGAAGCUAGGGAUGGAGGUAUUUUACAGUCAUGGGAAUGUGCUAAACAGCUCGUGAUGUCAUUUAGAUGAUUGGAUGGAUCCCAAUUGGAGGGAUCCAUUUGUUAUUGUUGACCUAUUUGUUGCUAAGACACAGCAAGCAGCAUUACCUAACCUACGAGGUAGAAUAAACGAAGACCUCGGCAGUGACUAGAUUCAAAGUAAACACAUUUCUGACUUCCGAAUUCAGGUCAGCCAAAAGCACGGCUCUGGUUUUGAUAGUUAUAAGGGCCAAAAAAAUGGAGAAUGCUGGUUAUUUGACCAAAAAAAAAAAAAGAAUUCUUCCAAACUGCGUGUCUACUAUUGGAUUGUCCAUUAGAGUUCAUUUAUAUGGUUAAGGUAAAGCAAUCUCAGUUGGUGUGUCUGUAAAUCUUUCGUCUAUGCUUUCCCUGAGUAUCUGUUCUUCUUGUAUUUCACCUUUCUUCCAUCUCUGCCUGCCAGCAGUGAAACGGAAGCAUUUACGAUGAGGGCACAUUGCCCUCUUGGCUUCAUUAACUAAGGUGAUCAGUGUUUUUGCAUGCACUAAUGCGGGUACAUAAUUGCUUUCCCUUUAAAGGGUGGAGCUGGACCGAGCCCCUCCUCUUUGCAGUGAGAAUGUGUAACUUCACUCUGUUUACAAAAACAAGGCAGUCACCCUGUCUCUAUUUCGUCCGUGUAGCCUGUGUUAUUUGCCGUGCAUUUUCAAUGUAUACUGAGCAAUAUCCACAGUCUGACUGACCAAUUGGAUCCUUUACACCACCUUUGAACUGAAUCCCAUGCCUGUGAUGCAAAUAAAAGGCAAAACAAAACCA